CUGCACAAACGUCACACGUGUGAGUCAAGGUGAGUUAAGGUUUUUGCUAAGGGUUCAGUAGAGGUGAUGAGCGCGAGCCUCUCUCGUUGCCCCACGCAGAGUGCGGUGCGGUGCGUCGAGGUGUGGCCUGGAGCUGUGCGCCUCCCGUGGUGCGUUCACGGCGGACUGGCCCGUAAACAGGCCGACCCAUAAAGACACCAUUGUGCCGGAGCGCAGUUGCGCGUUUUCUGCGUCCGCUUUGUGGCUCUCUUGCUCCGAGGAGCUCCUCGAGCUUGAGUUAUUGACAGUGCAGACCGGACGAGCCGUGUCCUCAUUUGACUAAAAAUAACUUGACCGCCGUGGGCUGAGGCCAGUCUGCUGCACUCCAUCUAACCGAAGCUUCCCCGCAAACAGGUGGAUCACACGAAUACCUCCUCAAGGUAAGACAAACCGUUACUGCCCGUUCUAGUCUAAGUGCAACCUAUACUGUAUGUGACAGGAGGUUGUUAACGUGUCAGAGACAAACUUCAGCAGGACUUAUUGAUGAACUUUAUUCCAGUGAACAGAAAAAACACUUACAGUACAGGCAACAGAUGAUAGAGAGAGAUAACUGCUUUUUCAAAGUGUGUUGACUUUACUUCUUUAUUCUUUGACGUCUCACUGACUUUAAUACAUAUUUAUUAAUCAAAUAGGUUUCUUCUUGGAUUAUUACAAAAUGUGCCACUUACAUCCCAAAAUAACUUUUUGGGGAGGAGGUUUAGUGUUAUGAAGUCUUAAGGUAAUAAAACACCAGACUGUUUGUUGUUGUUGAGGUUACACCCUCUCCUGUAUUGAUCCAUACAAAUGAUGCUUUUUAAUAUCCCGAAGGCAGGGACUAGUUUACAAGUAAAUAUUACCAAGUAAGCAGAGUUUUUCCUUCCUUUUUGUGUAUUUGGCACAUAAAGAAGUGAGUUUUUAGGCUGAUGUCCAGCUGCCUGCCUGUGUCACGUCGCUUCAGGGAGAACACGACGCGUUACACGUCUAAUAAAAGCAAGUGGUGUGUGCGAGCGGUGCGUUUCCAGUCACUGGCCCACCUGCGCCCCACCAGCUCAGCUAACAAGUGUCCAGCUCUGCCCCCAGUGUCACAGAGGCCGCGUGACACAGAUAGGACGCUAGAAAUAGCAGUGGCCAUCGUCCCUGAGAGGAAAGUGCAUCCACACACACACACACACACACACACACACACACACACACACACACACACACACACACACACACACACACACACACACACACACACAGACGCCAGGAAGAGCUUCAAAAAAGCUGAUCUUGUCCUGAAAUAUUAUAUUGAUGUGUGGAUUUUAUGAGAAACCUGAGGAGGUGUCCUGUCGAGACUCGCUGACUGUCACUGUGGAUUAUUUAACAGCUCGGCUGCACUGAAACGUGAUGACACUAUUGCUGAGGUGAUCCUGCAAAGUUCAUGCAUGGACACUGUUGCUCACUUUUGUUACUGAACUAAUUGUUCCUAAACGUAUCCACAUGUUGAAUGUGAUUUGAAGAACGGGGUGUUGGACGCUGUCGAGCUUUUCCUGUGGAGCUUCCUUAACGUGUUUUCCGUUACUGCAGUAAACGGCACGCGGCUAAAAAGGGUCGGGGUCCAUUACUUUACACACAACACUCAUUGUUUGCCUGCACAGUCGGUCCACAGGGCGCUGUAGGAGGGAGGACGUGUGUGUGUGUGUGUGUGUGUGUGUGUGUGUGUGUGUGUGUGUGUGUGUUACAUUUCUUCGGGGAGGAUGGAGCCAUAGCUGUUUCCUGUUAUGAGCUCUAUGCUGGUGAUAGCACUUCCUAUUCAGGGAGGAGGGCAGGAGAUCAUGGAGUGGGCCCCUUCACACAGUAGCAGCGUCUGCCGCAGAGGAAACAGCCCUACAACUACACUAGGUGACCACGCCGCUCUGCUUGCUUCCAGGUACAGGGUGCACAUUGUCCAGGCAUGCCAGUCCCACCGCCUCCCCCUCCGCCUCCCCCAGCUCCCCCUCCACCCCCACCACCGCCCAGCGCGCCGCUGCCACAGAGCCCAAUAGAACCUCCUAAAUGCCCGUCUGCUGUAGGAGGAGGUGGAAGGAAUGCCCUGCUGGCUGACAUCCAGAAAGGAACCAGGCUCCGGAAAGUCACCCAGGUCAAUGACCGCAGUGCCCCCGUUGUUGAUAAGAGCAAGGCCAGUCCUGGGGACGUUCCCACCAGUACUGGUGCUCCUCUGGGUGCGUCAGCAGGAACAGUGGCCAUGGGACCCACUUUGAGUGGGCUCUUUGCUGCAGGGUUCCCCACUCUCAGGCCGAUAGGACAGCGAGACUUAGCAGGAAAGGUCACAGUGUCGAGGUCAAGCUCCUCCAUAUCCCUGAAGCCGACAUGGAACCCUCCCUCAGCUGACCCCGGCACCGGGUCGGAACCUCACCGGACGACGGAGCUCCGAGUCUCCACCCACCGUCCGUUUGCUUCCUCGUCCUCCGCUCCUCCGUCGCCGUCGCACGGCAGCAAGCACCCGCCCCCCUUCCCUGCUUCUUCUCCUCCUCCACCCCCCCCAUCUCUCCCAUGUGGCCCUCCUCCCCCUCCCCCCGCUCCUCCUUCUGCUCCUCCCCCUCCCCCGGCUCCUCCUUCGGCCCCUCCCCCCCCUCCACCGCAUCACACCUUGCACGAGCGGCCGGUCGGCAAGCCUCCACCCGUCCCCUCCUGCCCUCCCCCACCGCCUCCCACCCAGGUGACCAAGCCCACCUGGCUCCCCAUCCAGCACUCCCACCACACCGUCGUCCCCCAUCCUUCGACCCCGCCGCCUCCUCCUCCACCUUUCCAGGCCUCCUCUGCUGUCCCAGGGGACCGCUCCUCAGGGUGCUUCUACCCUCCACCUGUCCACCCUGAGCCUUCUAGAUUUACCAACUCGCACGCCAGCCCUCCGGUCCCACCUCCACCUCCCCCUCUCCCAGCUUCCUUCACUCCCACCUACCCUUCCACCCUCCCUCCACCACCACCCAAGACAGCCCCAGUGCCUUCUCCAGCCAUGCGCUCUCUGCCACCAUCAUAUCCCUGUAACGCUCCCACUCGUAGGCCACCUGCUGUUCCCAGGGGUGCGGGAGCGGGGCGGUUGGCUCCUCCACCAGCGCCCCCAGCCCGUUCUGCCACCACAGAGCUGUCCAUCCGUAUUCCUCCACCACCCCCUUCCAGUCUGAGGAACGGCCACCUGCACAGCCUGGCAGAUGAUUUUGAAUCCAAAUUCCAGUUCCACCCUGUAGAAGAUUUACCCCCUCCGGAUGAGUUCAAAGCUUUCCCUAGGAUUUACCCCAGCAAAGAGAACAGAGUCAACCCCAAACCACCCGGGGUUCGGACACACCUCAGAUGAGGCCCAACCCAGCUCUCCGUCCUCAACACGCAACAAAAAGACUCAGUAUUUCUCCUUCUUCCCAUGGUAAUCGCAUAACUGUCAGAUGUUUGGAUGCAGGGUCCAUGUGUGUCAUUUGUGUUAUGUGUGUGUGUGUGUGUGUGUGCAAGUGUCAAACAGAGUGCCGCCUUAUACUGACGGUGACCUUUGACUUUUUCCAGUGUGGAAUGUUUUGAAUGUGUGUGUGAGGACGACAACACUCCCACCUCAUAGUGUUAAGCUAAUUUGGGCGUACACACACUAGCAGCUACAUGGUUUGCUAGCAUUUCAGUAUCAACAUACAAUGUUUAUCAUGCACCCAGUCCUGCUGUAUAUGGAGUCCUAACAAAAAGCUUAAGCACAUUUUAAAAGUGGUUCGUGCAAACUGUGAUCCUGCUGUAACUACAGCUCAGAGACACAUCCUUCAAGAGCCGGGAGUGUAAAAGUAUCUUAAGUUGCUACAUUUUAGCUACAAACUCAAUGCAGGUAAUUUCAGGUAAUUAUUUGCUUUCACUGCAGGAAAUCCAAACCCAGUGUGUUUAUAGUCCAUUGUGAAUACAGAAUACAAGUGGUGCUUUGUGUGUUUAUGCAAAUUCUUCCAAUGCAAUGUAUAAAUAUGUGAUGUAAAGGUUAUUGACACUGUGAGGAUCAGGUCUCUUAUGAAUCAUUAAUGUGUGAAUAUAAGGUUGCUUCUUCCCAGUGUUUUAACCGCGACUAACAUCUGUUAAGACAGUGCCACCUGCUGGUUCAAUCUGUAAAGUGUUACAAAGUGUGACAAAAUAAACCACAGUAUUUUCUUUACAGAAAUCACACUUACAUCAUUGAUCACAAGUGGGUGGUUCAUGUUUUUUUCUGGCCAAACCAAAGCAACUUUAUACAAAGUACAAUAUAAAAAAAUAAAAUAAAAAAUCAUAAUUGAA